AGUGUAUUUAUGGGUCGAGAGUUCUGAGAAUAUUGGGAUCACAGGGAGUUGAACUCGAGUCUACCGCGAGCUCGGAUAUCAUAUUAAGUGACUAAUUCUCCUAAAAUCUCUGAAAUCUGUAAGCCGUUAGGAAGAGGGCUUGCGAGAAUCAUAUUGUAACAGUACAGAAACGCCACAAGAACAAGAACAAGAACAUGUCGAGGAUUACACAAAUAACCCCGCUAGGCUCCUCAAGAUUGAUCCUUCAUUCUCAACUCAGUUUAACAUUAAACCCAUCAAUCUUGAACUUGGGUUCCUCGUAUUUGAACAAAUUUUGUGUAAUUAGAGGUGGAGAUAUGAAGUCUUUGACUAAAAAUUAUACCCAAGGGUUUGUGCAAAAUGGGUUGGAAUCAUCAUCAGCGGAGCUAGAGCUGAUUUCUAGUGAAACCCAGUUUGAUCAUGUGAUUGCUGAGGCACAACAGUUUGAUAAAUCUGUGGUGAUUUUAUGAGGCUUAGAGCAACUUCAGUAAACAUGGAGUUCAAAAGUACAACACAAGGCAAGUAAAUAAAGAUGAAGAAGUUGCGGAGGAAACACUUAUUAGUUGUUGAUGAAGGAGGUUGACAAGGAAAGAUUGUUGCCACCUGACUGAGAUUUGCCGCCGCUUGGUUGCCGGAAUGUAAAGAGAGAGAUUUUUUAGAAGAGACUGGGUUGUUAUGGAAGCGUAAAAGCAAAAUGAGAAUGAAAAUUUGUAUAGGUGUGACAAAAUGGAUGGUUGAGAUUGAAACAUCCCUUACGAUUCACGGCUGAGAUGGGGCACAAAUCUCAGUGUGGGACAGGUGGGCUCCACUAGAAAAGAAACGUUUUGCUCUCGUGGAAUCCCGAGUCAUUUGAAUUCUUUGGGACAAGGACGAGACCAGCCGCCUUACGGAUUAUCCCGAAGAUGGACCCGAGUUGGACUCCGAUCAAGUAAGCCCGACCGAAGCCCAGGAACAUGUUAGAGGCCCGUCUUGACCAACCCAAGUGCCUAGGUCACUGGGCCGAAGCCCAUUCGGGCAAAAGUCCAUGCUUUGAAUCUGCUGAGACUUGGUCUAUAGAGUCGUGCAUGAGACGUGUUCCAACUUCCUCACUCGUGGUUUUGUGGAACCACCUCCUCAUGUCUGUCCCUUUCGGCCAUGAUUGAUGGGGACGAAAGUAAUUCGAAUAUAGUACCUGGUUGUUUUCCAAGAAAUAUUCAAGUGAUUUAAAGAGACCGGUCACUCUAUUAUCAAGUUAAAUUUUAAGAAAAUGAAGAACUCUGUUUGGGACCAGAGUUUUUGUAUCGAUAGUGAGGAGGAUGAAGAAGUUAAACACAUUAAAGAUGAGGAUGAUGAGGCUGAUUCGGAUUCUUCAAGCUAUUCAUAUGAUGAUGAGCAACAGAGCAAACCUAAUUCUUUAUGUAAUGCAUGGCCUCAAAGUUUCAGGCAAUCAAUUGAUUUAUAUGGUAGUCUGCAAUCACCAACCCUCAACUUUCUUGGAACUUCUGCGUUAUCACAAUAUGGCAGCUCGCUUCUUUCCUCAUCACUUACAGGGAUUCAUACUUCCGAAAUAUUGCCGAGUUAUGGUAAUCCUUUGAUCCCAAAAGAUAAUGGACCUCAGCAAAGAAGCGGUUCUCAUUCCCUCCUUCCUCCUGUUCCGUCAAGAACAUCUCUAAGGAAAGUGACUACUGAUCAGAUAUCCAAGGAUGUACAUCAACUUCCAGCUUCAGGAAAGAGUUCGUUUAGCCAAUCUGUGCUGAACGGUAUUAAUAUUUUGUGUGGAGUCGCUAUACUUUCUACACCCUAUGCAGUCCAACAAGGAGGUUGGGCUGGGCUUCCUGUAUUGUUGAUAUUCGGAAUCCUAUCUUUCUACACGGGGCUUCUCUUGCGUAAAUGCUUGGAUAGUCAGCCAGGUCUCGAGACAUACCCAGACAUAGGGCAGGCAGCCUUUGGCACUGUGGGACGUGCUGUCAUCUCUAUAAUCUUAUAUGUGGAAUUAUACGCUUCGGCUGUUGGAUAUAUAAUUUCGAUGAGCGAUAAUCUGUCAUCUCUGUUUCCACAUGCACACUUAAGUUUGGCAGGUUUUGAAUUAUAUUCACAUCAUCUGUUUGCCUUUUUAACCACCCUUGCUGUCCUUCCCACAGUUUGGCUCCGUGACCUCAGUGUUCUAAGCUACAUAUCCGUUGGGGGAGUUGUUGCAUCAAUAUUGCUGGCUUUGUGCUUGAUUUGGAUUGGAGUGGUUGAUGAUGUUGGUUUCAAGGCCAAAGGGACAAGUCUGAACCUAUCUACUCUUCCUGUUGCUCUUGGUCUCUAUGGUUUCUGCUUUGGGGGACAUGCUGUUUUUCCAAAUUUAUACACAUCAAUGGAGAAACGUAACCAGUUCCCUCUUGUUCUCCUAACUAGCUUUGGUUUUUCUAUGGUGUUGUACGCUGGAGUUGCUGUGGUAGGAUAUUUGAUGUUUGGAGAAUUAACAGAAUCGCAGUUUACUCUCAACAUGCCCAUUAAUUUGGCUGCCUCUAAGAUUUCUAUUUGGACUACGGUGGUUAAUCCAUUUACCAAAUAUGCGCUAACCAUGUCCCCGGUGGCAAUGAGUCUGGAAGAAUUGAUACCGUCAAGCUAUCCUAACUAUCACAUGUACUCGAUCUUCAUCAGAACAUCAUUGGUAGUCUCAACUUUACUCGUAGGCCUAACCAUCCCAUUUUUCGGUCUGCUUCUGUCAUUGAUUGGGUCAUCAGUAACCAUGCUAGUGACCUUCAUACUUCCUUGCAUUUGCUUCCUGCGCAUUGCGGGGGGGGAAAGUUACAACCUUUCAGUGGAUGCUCUGUGUCCUGAUAACCACGGUUGGGACCAUCUCAGCAGCUUUCGGAAGCUACUCAGCCAUAGCAAAUAUUAUAGAAGAAUUACUCUAGCUAGGUUGGAACUCUCUUCUGUUAGAAGACAGGUUAUAGUUUCCUACCGGAAAAGAAUUCGUCAAUGAUCUGAACUUUUUUGCCUAUGAUGGAAUUUACAUUCAUUUACUUCUACGUUCGGACUCUAUUUUUUGUCUUCCAAGGAACAUCUUGAUGGGGGGAAAUUGAAUCAGUGUUUGCAUUGUUUUGAAAUAUUAAUUACUUUUACAAUAUUUUAAUGCUUUUACAUUA